GGACACAUCCAGGUUAUUCUUGAGAAAUGGCUAAGGGAAGUGUUUUCCCAAUAGACGAAAGUUACAUCUCACUCAACCUCAAGUACAUAGCAGCUCUGGUUAAAUGUAUAGCUGACUUAUUGCAAACACUGGAUGCACGUACAUUGCCAGAAUUCACACAAGCAUUUGCAUCAGUGGUUGUUCAUGUUGCUGGGGCUUUUAAAACAUUCAGUAUCGUAUAUUCUCGAGCUGAAAUAUUACUGCUGGCACGACUAUUCAAUUGGGAGAGGCAUUUGUCGUGUACACCGCAAAUGGCUCAUUUCCGAGAUGUAUUGAUGUCGAAGGCUUCGGCAUCAUCGAGAAAACUGACAUUAAUUAUCAGUGGGAUUGUUCUAAUGAAUUCGUUCGCAGAUUUGUACUCUACAUUGACUGUUGCCAACUGCACGCUGACUGAUUAUCCCCUUAGUUAUUUACCGCUGAAAGAAUUUUCCUCAGCAGAGAAUUGUCGAACUGUUGCUCUUGCUGAUUACAUUGUUCAUAAUUUUGCAAGUGCAAAUAUAAUCAUCAAUGACAGCUUUCUGAUGGCCGUCAUGAGUUACAUCACAGUCCAACUGAAAAUUCUCAACUUUAGAUUGAGCAAUUGUCAUAAGACAUUUAUCGAGGAAUUGAUCAUUCCUGAAGAUGAGAAGAAUCUGGAAAUAACGAGCUACGAGUGUCAUCAGAUGUCAAAAGAUGUAUCGGUGCUUGAUCCGAAUAGGGAGCUCAUCAAGUGCAUCGAGAAUCAUCAGAAAAUGACGGAAAUCUUCACUACCUUCAAAUCAAUCUAUAACAACAUACUUCUGCCGCAAUUGCUAAGCAGCUUACUGAUCCUUUCAUUGAUGGGCUGUCAACUGGUGUUGACAAACUAUGAUACCGAUGAGGAUGUCCAUGCUAUGGUACAUCCACUCAUAUUUGUUACCUGGGCAACCUUGGAAUUAUACAUAUACUGCGCAGGUGGUAAUAGCAUUCUCAUCGAGAGUGAGCAGAUAAGCUCCUCCGCCUAUAAUACGCAGUGGUACAACAAUGACAAACAAUUCAGAGGAAAUUUGGCCCUCUUUCUUUCACUCGUAGAGAGGCCCCUCGUGAUCAGCAUCGGUGGUGUCAUCGCCUUGUCGAAAGAUACAUUCAAAAAUAUUCUUACUAAGGCGUAUUCCUUCAUGGCUAUACUUAAGAACUCCAGCGGUCAAUGAUUACUAUGAUACUUGGUAUUCGAUGCUGUUCGAAAAGAAAUGACUGAAAAUAAUCUCAUAUAAUGUUUCAAUAUAAUGAAAUCUCAUGCGCCACGAAGAGGCUAUUACUUUCUAUUUACAAAUCUGGAAGUGUCUGCGUGUGGACCAUAUGAAGGUGUAUUCAUUCAUGGUUAUACUUAAGAACUCCAGCGGUCAAUGAUUAGUAUGAUACUUGGUAUUCGAUAUUGUUC